CACACACACACACACACACACUCACACACACACUCACACUCACACACACACACUCUCAUACACACACUCACACAUCAGGAUCAGGGACCAUGAGUCAGUGUCAGUCUUCAGGUCGCAGCAGCAGGAUGGAGGUUCUGCAGGUUCUGGUUCUACUGCUGGUCUCUGUGGGGCGUUCAGAGUGUGUGAGGUGCUUUGCACGUUUCAACCUGAAGUCAGGUGAGUGUCAUGAAGAGAUCGGCGAUGUGGACGAGGACGACUGCUGUCAGAACCCGAAGUACGGUUACCAGGCAACAAACGGCGGGUGUCGGUCCUGUGGUAUCGCAGUGUGGUCUUCCUGGUCGUCAUGGUCACCCUGUAACAUCCUGUGUGGGGAGGGGGUGAGGCAGAGGAGCAGGAAUUGUUUUGGACUCGGUGACUGUGACAACCCUGACUUCAGGCUGCAGAUGGAGCCGUGCAACAGCAGCUGCUGUGACGCAAAGGGGUGGGGCUCCUGGCUCCCCUGGUCAGCCUGCCCCUGUGGGACAGUGGGCGGAGUCAGGAAGACAACGAGAGUCUGCUCCAGUCCUCAGUGUCCUCUGUCCUGCACUGGUCCUUCAAAGAGGGAGGAGGAAUGUCCACCACGCACCUGUCCAGUCCAUGGGGGUUGGUCCAGCUGGUCCAGUUGGUCUCAGUGUUCUGGUUCGUGUAUCGAUGACCAGCACAGUGAUGUCACCCCCCCCUCCAAAGUGCGCUAUCAUUCUUGCACUAACCCCGCCCCCUCCAAUGACACGGACCCACCUGGUAAUCAUUGCCCUGGAGAUUACUUCCAGAAAGAGGACUGCAGCGACCUGCCCAACUGUCCAGUGGACGGCAACUGGGGGGAGUGGUCUCCGGCUGGGCCGUGCUCUACCUCCUGUGGGGAGGGGCUUAGGCUAUCAAUCAGGAUCUGUAACAGCCCCGCCCCAAAGCAUGGAGGUCGAUUGUGAGGAUCGAACACUCAGACCAGCAUCUGUCGGAGCCCCUGUCCUGUUGACGGGUUCUGGACCGGUUGGUCCAGCUGGAGCGAUUGUCCCUCUUCCUGUAUCUCAAAGAACCAAGCUCCUCCCAGGAGCCGCCGGCGCUCCUGUUCUAACCCCGCCCCCUCAUCCGUUCCGCCCGGCAAACCAUGCCAAGGUGAAACCCACCAGACAGGAAAAUGCAACCACCUGCCUCAUUGCCCAGUGGAUGGAGGAUGGGGCUCUUGGUCUCCCUACACUCCCUGCUCUGUUACCUGUGGGGUGGGGCUUCGGGUGUCAGUCAGGAAAUGUGACAGCCCCGCCUCUGAACAUGGUGGCCAGCAAUGUCCUGGAGAGGGACGUCGAACCAUUAUCUGUACAACCAACGUACACUGUCCAGUGGAUGGUGUGUGGUCGCCGUGGUCGUCGUGGACCCCGUGUAAAUCCCUGUAUGGUAACAAGAACAUCACCUGUAGGAUGUCGGGCGGCAGUCAGACUCGAUUGCGUCAUUGUCUGCAUCGAGGUCAUAACGGGUCCAUCUGCGAAGGAUCCGAACGGACGCACAGUCGGGUCUGCUAUGAUGUCCACAACUGUGACUUGAAGGGCACCUGGGACGGCUGGAGGCUGUGGAGUUCAUGUGACCCACUCUGUGGAGGAAUGUCCAGUCGCUCCAGGGUGAGACACUGUAAACCUGAUUACAGCGGAUACCGUCCUAUCGGCCUUAAAAAGUUGAAGCCGGAGUUCUCUGGGACGCCACGUGUUGCCUGCGGCCCGACGCCCGACGGCGGGGAAGUGUCUGAGACCCAGCCCUGUCACAACACCCCCCCCUGCAGCCAUGAGUCUGACUCCAGCAACAGAAUCACAGUCACAUGAUAAUCCUGUAAUAAAGUCCUAAUGUUGUGGGAGAAAGACUCAGUUUCUUCACAUCAGUAAAAGCAACAACAGCUGAAGAAAAAUCCUGCUCUGGGAAAAAGUCCAGGAGACUUUGUUUCUUACAUCAAACAAACAGUCAGAGUCCGAAUUCAUCUGCACAAAGCAGCUUAGUUCUUCACUAUCUGUUGGCAGACUGUGGCACAAUGCAUUCUGGGUAAAUUAAGGCUUUUCUUUUUUGACUUGAGUGAAACAAUAAAAAUUCAAAUCUGA